GCAACUUUGUGUGUCUGAGCAUCAAUUUGCAUGACAAAUGACGCCCUGUCAGCUGUGAAUCAUUUGCAUCCCCUCACUGGUGUUGAAGACUGGAACCUGCAGGAUUUCAGUCUAUUCGGUUUACUGCAGGUUUGAAAUAAUGAAAACACAAACAGUCUGUGCCCGUAGGUGUGUGUGUGUGUGUGUGUGUGUGUGUGUGUGUGUGUACGUGUGUGUGUGUUUACACUGGCUGAGCCUGAGGGGAGACUCCUUGUUUAUCUUCUCUUUGAGGCGGGGCUCUCCAGGUGCGCUGCCUCCUCAGGUACACUACACACCGGAUGAAGCAUCCUCCCGUUAUACAAAGCGUAGAUCAGCUGUAAUGUGGUCACCAUGGAGCCGUUAAGGUGUAUCGGACAUUGUGUGCCUUUCUUUUUAUUCGCCGUCGUGUUUGAUGUCAUCGGCCUGGUUCUGCUUUUCGUGGGGAUAUUCGCCAACCUGCGCAUCGAAGGCCGCUUCUACGGAGACUUUCUGAUCUACACGGGCUCCCUGAUCAUCUUCUUCAGCCUCGGGCCAUGGCUCAUGUGGUACGUCGGGAACGUGCCGGUGUCCGUGGAUGACGGCUCGAAGAAGAGGGGCAGCACGAUCGUGCGUCUGGCGCGGAAGCUGUCCGAGAGGCUGAGCCAAAAGCUGAAGGGAGAGGAGCGCGUAAAGUGCGUCCGGGAAAACGACGAAGAGGACAGCCAGGUGGGCUCAUCCCCGCACAAAGCCAGCAGGGUCACCUGGGGCAGGUCCACAGUUUACGACAACGGAGGUUACGACGGCAGUCAUGACUCCCCGGAUGGCGAGAAGAAGAAAGUGGAGGCAGAAGAAGAAGACAGAAAACAAGAUUCUGAACUUCAUAUUUAAAUAUCUGCUUUUAUGAACACGAGUAUCUGCUGUCUCUGCAGCAAAGACUCCAACAUUACAUGAAGGAUGCUACUGCACGAAUUAAAGGGAUUUAACAUUUGUCAGCCUUCAUUAAAUGGAGUUAAUGGCUGUUAAAGAAGAUUUCUUGAAGGAUUUUUUUAGGGCUGAUUCCCCUUCUGUCUGCUGCUGACCCAAACAAGAAGCCUCGUUCUUUUUUUUCCAGUUAGAAUUUGAUUCUUUUAUGAGGCCUUCAUGUCCUGUAAUUUCACAUAUUGCCCUUAUAGUUUUCAAAGUGAUUUGUAAAGCAAAUUAUCCACAAAAAAAUCAGUCAAAAUCAUUUCACUGAAGGAGACUUUGAGUCGGAGCACUUCCGGUAAGCUGGAUGUGAAAGUGGUCAAAAUAUGUGAAGAUUUGAGUUUUAUUCAAGAAGGAAAGAAAGACUGAUUGAUGAACAUUUUCAAA